AUGGUCUUCGAUCUACCGUUUGGCACCAUCUUCGCGGCUAAACCUAACUGGUAUCCCGGAUGGCAGGUCUGCGCCGUCUACCUGUAUGUGCUUUAUCCGCUGACCGCAUGUCAAUUAUGGGCGCAAGCCCUCAUCACUUUAAACCGUAUCUGGGCGAUUUUCCAUCCAUUUUCAUACCGGAUGAUGCACACAACCCGUAUGGCUAUUUUCGCUUGUACCUUUUUGUGGGCAUUCAUCCACAUUUUUGGGAUCCCUUUAAUUGUCACCAAUGUCACGUGGUACCGGCUACCGGGGACAUUUUACUGCGCGAUAAACGAAGCUGCCCAGCCGGUAACCGUCCACGCCUUCGAGAUCAUUAUGCUGGAUGUGACCAUGUGUAUCAUCUAUGCGGCAUAUCCGUUACUGUUGUAUAAAGUGUGGAGCAGUUUUCGUAAGCGCUCGAUGCGUGUCACCUCUAGUACGAAGAUGGGCACUUUCACGAGCAGGAACAGUCAGAAUAGUAGUGAGACGGCGAGGUUACCGCUGCAAAAUCUCAAGCGUCGGCAUGUGGCGCGGCGCCCGUUGGUGAUCCUGUGGUUGUUGACGAUCAGUGCGACGGUCUGUUGUACACCGCUGUGCAUCGUCCUGCUGCUGGUAUCCUGGACGGCCGUACAACCGAAUGCCUUCUGGUAUAACCUGGGAUCGCUGCUUUAUAUAGUACAGCCGUUGCUGGAUCCCGUUGUGUUGAUUAUCGGUUUGGACAGUUUACGCGGAGCGUUAUGGCGAAACAUCAUAAGAAACGCUCGUGACUAA